UGGUAUUCCAGGGCCUCGGCGAUCUUUGAGGUGGUAGCGCCAAGGCACCGGAUCACGGGAAGCGCCAAGUCAAUUUUGGGUGGCAUUCGAGAUCACAGCCAAAACGCACCUGGCAAAAAUGAUCAUUUCGCAGGCUUGAUCCGAGACGAUUAUUUUCAGGUUGAUUGACAAGUGCCAUUCGCAUCAUUCGACCAUUGAGUCAUUUGCCUGAUUCCCCUGCGCCCUCGGAUCAACCGCCAAGCCGCGCCUUUCUUUCUCACUUCCUACAAAUACCUGCACUUCCCCCACCUCCACCACUUACCUUCCUCCAUCCAUCAGCCUCACUCACCAUCUUCUUAUCUCUUCAUCAAUCAACACCACAACUUUCAUCAAUUCAUCCAUCGCAAUGGCUCGUACCAAGCAAACCGCUCGCAAGUCCACUGGUGGCAAGGCCCCAAGAAAGCAGCUCGCCUCCAAGGCCGCUCGCAAGUCCGCACCAUCCACUGGAGGUGUCAAGAAGCCUCACCGCUACAAGCCUGGUACCGUCGCUCUCCGUGAGAUCCGUCGCUACCAGAAAUCGACUGAGCUCUUGAUCCGCAAGCUCCCCUUCCAGCGUCUGGUCCGUGAAAUCGCUCAAGAUUUCAAGUCCGACCUCCGCUUCCAGUCAUCUGCCAUCGGUGCUCUCCAAGAGUCCGUUGAGGCUUACCUCGUCUCCCUGUUCGAGGAUACCAACCUUUGCGCCAUCCACGCCAAGCGUGUCACCAUCCAGUCCAAGGACAUUCAAUUGGCUCGUCGUCUCCGUGGCGAACGAUCCUAGAUGAUGACAUGACUGCUCGACUUUACCAGCAAUCUGCAGUCACUAUGACUAUUCUACACCUUGGGAAGUUGGGUUGAAAUGAAUGUGCUUAUGGGGGGUUUUCAUGAGUGUUGCACCGGCGAAACGGAAUGAUAUUUUAUGGGUUGUAGUGUUUACAAGAACACAUCAUGGUGACAUGGGGCGUUUUGCUUUUUCUGCUUGUACAUCAUACAUCACUCCAGUCAUUGAGACAUGACAUGAGGAUAGCAGAAAGCGCAACACAAGAUAGACGCUGAAUAAAUCACGUCGCAAACGUCAGA